AAAAUAGGGACACGCUAGCUAGGCCCCCUUCGACGUGACCUUCGGCAGUGAAUGUUGCUUCCUUCCGCACGGAACCUCUGAACUCUAGCUUACGAUCAACCAGCUGCCGGACUAGACUCAUACAUUAUAUAACAAAGCUACUGGAAGCGCCGGGGUGCGUAGCGGGGAGCGAGCGGACGUACAGGCAGCGUCGAAAUGGCACCCAAAAAGGAGGAGAAGAAGCAGGUUGACCCUGUCGAGGCCAAGUUCCAGGAGGAGAUCAAACAGUUAGAGCAGGCUAAGAAUGACCUGCAGCUUGAACACACGUUCCUGCUGGACAAGUUCCGGCAGCUUAAAGCCGAGAACGACCGGCUUCGGGGCGAGAUUGAUGGCAUGAAGGGCCGCCUGACUCACGCUGCCGACGACUAUGCCGACAUCCUGGAGCACCGCCAGGAGCAGAUCAAGGCCGAGGAGGCCAAACUGAGGGGGCUGCAGUCCAACGUGGAGAAGCUGGAGCUGGACGUGGGUCGGGCGGAGGAGGAGAUCCGGCAGCUCAAGGAGGCCAACGGGCACCAGGGCCGCGAGAGCCGCUUCCGCGUCACUGGCCUCAAGUCCAACACGGAGUACAUCAUGUGCGUCAAGGCGCUGUACGACGACGGCAGCUUCCUGUGGAGCGAGAGCAAGGCCUACCGCACCCUGGCCUAGCUGGGCGGGGGGGCUGAGGCGGGUGGAUGGGGGGCGGGGCUGAUGGUGUGUGUGCGUGUGUGGGGGGAGUGGUGGUGUACGGGUGUGCCGGGGUUCGGGUGGACGGGUGGACUGAGGUGCUGCAUGAUGGAGUGUGGCGCCUCGGUGUGGUGCCGGUCGCGCAAGGCCGUGCGUGCGUGGUGCUGCGUUUUGCUGCAGCAAGUGAUUGAGGCGCGGCGGCGGAUUGCAGAGUGUCAGCAUUGGGGAGAUAUACAUGGACUCAUGGAACGAGCGCCAGCAGGCACCGAGUCUGCACCAAUGUGUGUCCAACCUCCAUAACUCCAUUCCAACCCCAAGUCCUCCCAGUCCUCACUCCCCAAGUCCUCGUCCCCCGAGUCCUCAUUGCCCAACACCUCAACACCUGGUGCCUCUUGGCCCAGGCAAACCCUCGCGAACCAAUUGCCACGUGGCCAGCAGCAAAGCAUACCGUACGUUUUUGGUCACCCGUGUAAUGAUUGACGGGCACCAUUUACUGUCUACGCUGCAACAGUGAUGUCUACGCCUAGCCUAUUAUACACACCAGCAUAGCACCAGCCAGCCCAUGUCGCAAUUCGCAAGUCGAAGUGGUGGCUGCCGUAAACCCCAGCUCUGCCACGCGGCCUCUAACCCCACUGCCCCGGCCCGACUCCUGAGACACCACGCUCUGCCACACAACUCUGCCCGGGAGCAGCCCCCCACACCAGUUC